AUGACACUAAGUUCAUUUUUACCUUCUCUUGGAGUUUUCUUUUCUUUCUUUCUUUCUUUCUUUCUUUCUUUCUUUCUUUCUUUCUUUCUUUCUUUCUUUCGUGCUAUUUUUCUUUCUUUCUUUCUUCCCGACAAUCUAAGGUCCACUACGUUUCUCUCACUCUCAUUUUUUAUUCCUUUCCCUUGUUUUUUCUAUCGCUCUAGCCUUUUAUACAGACUUGUACAGCAUCACCUUGGACAUAUUGAUUUAUCUACAUACAUACAUACAUCUAUCUAUCUAUCUAUCUAUCUAUCUAUCUAUCUAUCUAUCUAUCUAUCUAUCUAUGGUAGGCACGGUGGAUCCAUGGAUGUUUCAUCUAUAUGUCUCACUCAUAUCUGUCUCAGUUUAUUCAUAUACCAACAUUUUAAUAUCUAUCUAUCUAUCUAUCUCUCUAUCUAUCUAUCUAUCUAUCUAUCUAUCUAUUUUUAUCAGAAUAUUUCCAGAUCUAUCUAUCUAUCUAUCUAUCUAUCUAUCUAUCUAUUUAUGUCUAUUUUUAUCAGUGUAUUUCCAGAUCUAUCUAUCUAUCUAUCUAUCUAUCUAUCUAUCUAUCUAUCUAUCUUAGUAUGUUCAUAUCUAUCUAUCUAUCUAUCUAUCUAUCUAUCUAUCUAUCUAUCUAAUCGUCUGUUUUUAUUUGAAUAUUUCCACAUCUAUCUAUCUAUCUAUCUAUCUAUCUAUCUAUCUAUCUAUCUAUCUAUCUAUUUCCGUUUUUAUCUGAGUAUUCCACAUCUAUCUAUCUAUCUAUCUAUCUAUCUAUCUAUUUCUAUUUUUAUCAGAGUAUUUCCAGAUUUAUCUAUCUAUCUAUCUAUCUAUCUCUAUCUAUCUAUCUAUCUAUGUCUGUUAAUAUCUCAGCAUUUUCCCAUCUAUAUAUUUAUGCUUGUCUCUAUCACAUCUUUCUUUUUCAUUAAUUUUUUCUAUUCUUUUUCUUUUAUAUUUUUCAUUAUUUCUUCUUUUAUUCUCUCUUUUUUCUUUAUUUUAUCCUUUAUUCUGUAUUUUUUCUUUAUUUCUUCUUUUAUUCUCUCUUUUUCCCUUUUAUUUCUUCUUUUAUUCUCUCUUUUUCAUUUAUCUCAUUUUCUUUUUCAUGCUUUCCAUACUUUCCCCACUGUAUGUAGGUACCCUAGUCUAUUCACAUAUCUAUCUAUCUAUCUAUCUAUCUAUUUAAUCUAUCUAGCAACUCUCGGUAUAUGGCCUGACAUUUUUCUUUUCUUUUAG